GGGCGGGCUGAGCGGCCGGCCGCGGCCAACAUUCGGUGCUGCCCGGAGCCGGGAGUGCGGCCCGAGCGAGGCGCGGGCUGUGGGGCCGCCGCGUGCCCGGCCCCCGCUCGCCCGUGCCCGCCCGCUCGCCAUGCCCGGCUUUGACUACAAGUUCCUGGAGAAGCCCAAGCGGCGACUGCUGUGCCCACUGUGCGGGAAGCCUAUGCGCGAGCCCGUGCAGGUUUCUACCUGCGGCCACCGCUUCUGCGACACCUGCCUGCAGGAGUUCCUCAGUGAAGGAGUCUUCAAAUGCCCUGAGGACCAGCUUCCUCUGGACUAUGCCAAGAUCUACCCGGACCCAGAGCUGGAGGUACAGGUAUUGAGCCUGCCUAUCCGCUGCAUCCACAGUGAGGAGGGCUGCCGCUGGAGUGGGCCACUUCGCCACCUGCAGGGUCACCUGAAUACCUGCAGCUUCAAUGUGGUCCCCUGCCCCAAUCGCUGCCCCACCAAGCUGAGCCGCCGAGACCUGCCCGCACACUUGCAGCACGACUGCCCCAAGCGGCGCCUCAAGUGCGAGUUUUGUGGCUGUGACUUCAGUGGGGAGGCCUUUGAGAGCCAUGAGGGUGUGUGUCCCCAAGAGAGUGUGUACUGUGAGAACAAGUGUGGUGCCCGCAUGAUGCGACGGCUGCUAGGCCAGCAUGCCACCUCUGAGUGUCCCAAGCGCACCCAGCCUUGCGCAUACUGUGCCAAGGAGUUUGUCUUUGACACCAUCCAGAGCCACCAGUACCAGUGCCCAAGGUUGCCUGUGCCCUGCCCCAACCAGUGUGGUGUGGGAACCGUGGCUCGGGAGGAUCUGCCAGGCCAUCUGAAGGACAGCUGUAGCACUGCUCUGGUGCUGUGUCCAUUCAAAGACUCCGGCUGCAAGCACAGGUGCCCUAAGCUAGCAAUGGCGAGACACGUGGAGGAGAGCAUGAAGCCCCAUCUGGCCAUGAUGUGUGCCCUGGUGAACCGGCAGCGGCAGGAGCUGCAGGAGCUGCGCAGAGAGCUGGAGGAGCUGUCCGUAGGCAGUGAUGGUGUGCUCAUCUGGAAGAUUGGCAGUUACGGGCGACGGCUACAGGAAGCCAAAGCCAAGCCCAACCUCGAGUGCUUUAGCCCUGCCUUCUACACACAUAAGUAUGGCUACAAGCUGCAGGUGUCUGCGUUCCUCAAUGGCAAUGGCAGUGGUGAGGGCACACACCUCUCGCUCUACAUUCGUGUGCUGCCAGGUGCCUUUGACAAUCUCCUUGAGUGGCCCUUUGCCCGCCGUGUCACCUUCUCCUUGCUGGAUCAGAGUGACCCUGGGUUGGCUAAGCCACAGCAUGUCACUGAGACCUUUCACCCUGACCCAAACUGGAAGAAUUUCCAAAAACCAGGCACUUGGCGGGGCUCCCUGGAUGAGAGUUCUCUGGGCUUUGGUUACCCCAAGUUCAUCUCCCACCAGGAUAUCCGCAAGCGAAACUAUGUGCGGGAUGAUGCAGUCUUCAUCCGUGCCUCGGUUGAAUUACCCCGAAAGAUCCUCAGCUGAGCACACACAGGGCUCCAGGAGAAAGGGGGGUGGAACAUGACCUCUGUUAGGCACUGGCUGAGCCUGGAGAAGGGGGCAGGACCCUCUUUCAGCUGCUUCUGCAGCCUAGGUUCUGUUACCCUAUCCCCCCCCCCCUCCCUUACCACCCUCAGGUGCCUCCUAUUGGUGCUUCAGCCCUGGCCCCUGUGGCAAGCAGGCCUUGGGGUUGUCAAGGGCUUGGAAACAAGUGAUCCUAGGGCCUGUCUCCUCUCCUGGGCAGGGCAGACAUCCCUUGGUGCCAGCCACACUCUACCUGGACUGAGGUGCCUGCUGGUGCUAUGUCCCAAGAGCCAUAGGGGGGAAGGGGGAGUUGGGUAGUUAAAGAAUCUGUCUUGAGAUCUGAUUUCUUUUCCCCCUUCCCCAGCUGUACCUUCUCUGGUUAUUUAUUUACUUAGUGCCAGGAGGGCGCAGCAGGGGAGCCCUGAUUUUUAAUAAAUCCUGAAUUGUAUUUAUUAAUUUGGUUCCAGUCUGACUCAUCUGUGUUGGUUAGGGUUCUGGAAGGCUGGGCCCAACGGUGAAAGCAGAGGACCACCAGUCUGAGAUAAGCUGCAGCCACUCUGGCGCCAGGAUCCAGCUGCCCUGCUGGGUCGCCCUCUGGUGGACGGCAGGGGGAGUGCAUCAAGCUUUGUCUGGAUGAGAUGCCUGCGCUGCCCUCUGGUGGUUACAUGGCGAAGGUGCAGGUUCUGAAUAUUACCAAGUUGGAAUCCCAGAUAGGCCACCAAAGAGAGUGCCUCUGCCCUGGGCAACUCUUUCUUGGUCUAGUGAUAAUAGCUACCACUUAUUAUUUUCAUGUGGCAGACACUGCUAAGCACUUUACCUGUGUUAUUUCAUUUAAUGCAACAGUCAAGUUAAACAGCUUUUAUCACAAUAGAAGAGCCUACCUUAGGCCAUAGUGAAGACUUAAUAAUCAGACAAAGCAUGUCCUCGGCACAAAGUAAGUGCUUGAUGAACGUUAACCUGACUCCAAAGUCCAGCCCACAACCAGAAACUGAGCUGAGCAAAGGGGCCUUCAAGGUGUAUAAGGCAACUGGAUUUUCUCAUCCAUACUCAUUUGGUUUUCCUAUUAAGCCUCAGUGGGUGCCUGUGAUUAUCCACACUUGACUGAUGAAGUAAAAACAGAGGAGUGAAUUGACUUCAGUGGUCUUUAAGCUGGUUUGGGGCAGGACCUGGGUUGUUUGAAGCUCCAGCAAUCCUUAGAAGUAUAGCUCCUUUUAAUUUUGCCAAUAGUUGAAUUUUGGUUUGGACCCUUGCUGUGCUUCCUUUUUGACAGAUUACUUAGCUAUAUGUGGGGUAUCUGUUCUCACUAGUAAAAUCAGAGUAAUCCUGCUCACCUAGAUUUGUUGUAAAGAUGAGCCAGUCAGUAUAAGGCACCUUAAUCUUGGCUGGCCCUGUGAAGCCCUACAACAGAAACAUCUAGUGAAGGGAAGGUUUGAGGGCUGUAGUUCUUUCUUGCCUUCACCACACAGCUCAGGUGAAGGGAGCCCUUCUUAGAAAGUGACAGGAAAGGACAGCCUGACACAGCCUGCCUGGGAAACCAGCGUAGCCUUCAAAAAGUCAAAUUCACUGAUCUAGGGAGUGAAUGGGGGCCCUGACUGCCUUUCUGAUAAAGACAGCCCCUUCACCAGCUAAAGAAUCUCGGUACGGGAUGCCUGGAAGCUGGUGGGGAUAACUAUGGGCUCUAGCAGAAGGAAUGCCUUCACUUAAGCACUUGUUUCAGGCAACAGGUGGAACCAUCUUUCCGACAGAAGUUGGACACUGGACCAAACUUGGGUUCUCUUGGUGGGCAAGACUGCUGCUGCAGCAAGCCAGAACAUGCCGCCCACAGCUGUGUGCAACAAGAGGGGACUGCAGUCAGCUGCACGCCCGCCCAGGCCUCGCCCUCCUCCCAGCUGUUGCAGGCAGUCUCGAUUGCCUUAUGGAACUCAGGCCAGGUUCUGCAACAAAGUGUGAACUGCUCUCUCACCUCACUGUCUACACUACCUCUGUGACCUGGGGCUGACUGCAGGUCUCCUGUGACAGACGUAACAGGGCUCUCUUUCACAGGGGUGGCAUGAGUAGGGAAGGAGUGAAAGCCCCUUCACGAGAGGGCAACCUGCAAAUACAAGCAUGCCCACGAGGGGAGAGUGCUUCCCACUCCAACGGUAUUCUGACAGCCACCCACUGACUCCUGCUACUGACAGUGAUUCCACCCUCACCGAAUCCCACAUCUUGUGGAAUCUUCCCUUUCUUCCAUUACACUGUGGCCCAAAUCCAUACUCAGCAAAAAGGAAUGGGGAAUCUCGUUGACCCCUGAACAACACAGGCUUGAACUGGACUUUUUUCAAUAAAUACUGUAAAUGUAUUCUUGUUAAAACGUUUUUCCCUCUUGCUUACUUUAUUACAAAGAAUACAGAAUAUACAACAUAAAACAUACAAAAUGUGUUGACUGUUAUUGGUAAGAUUUCUAAUCAGUAGGUUAUUAGUAAAACUUGGAGUCGUUAUUUUCUACUGUGUGUGGAGGGGUGGGGGUGGGUAGGCCCCUCCAACCCCUAUGUUGUUCAAGGGUCAACUGUAAAUAGCUCUUUUGUAUUUCCCCCCCUGCAGACAAAAAAGGGGCAAGUUCUUCAGUUCUCAAUCCUCAAGAUUCAAGUCACCAAAGAGCCACUUUUCAUGUUAUAGAUUAGAGCACUUAAUACCACCUCCGUCAGAGGCCCUCGGAAAUUCCAGUGUUGUUGGCAGAAGGGAGGCACAUUUGGUCUUAAAUGGCUUAUUAGCCAAACACUCCUUUUCCAAUGACGUACAGUCCUCGGAGUGGAAGUGGCAGCACACUGCAGCUCCUCACUGAAGGGUGGCGGCAGACCAUACUUCCCCAGGAGAUCUCAAGGCGCCAGCUGUCCUGCCCAGGGAGAGGUCCAGCCAGCUGGGUACCUUCUGGGGGCUGACUGAAGAAUCUACUUUUAUGCUUUACAAUCCCCUCAGCACAUGGUGUGCAAUAAUGGAUUGGGAAAGCUUCUCAUGAGAUGAAUAGGAGACCCCCUCUUAAGAAUGAGGAACUACGUCCUUUUUAGUAAAUGAGGCGUUAUAAACAAAUAGGACAAGAUUGAGAGUUUUCUUUCUUUUUACUGGUUUAUAAUAAUCUUAAAAACCCCAUCACACCCAUAAACCACCACAGGUGAGAAGAUGAGGGAGGUGGAGAAUGAAUGCUACAGUAUGUGGACAGCUGAGGAAUCCUGGUAUUCCCUAGGGGCAGUGUGGGAUGGAGGCAGGGAGUAUGGGUAGGAGGCCCUGGUCUGGCCUCUUAUUGCUGGUUGGGGGUUGGCUGGCAGAGGGGUGAGGGGCUCAGGGUGAACUAGGAAACAUCUCACACCAAAGGCGAGGGCAGUUAAGAGUGGAGGUGGGGUCACAGUACAUUUUCCAUGCAGAUUAGGGGUGAGAGUGAGAGCUUCAGAGAGUUGCACCCCCACACAGGAAGAUGGGUUUGAGGUUUGAUUUAAAGCCCCCAACUUGGUGUCUGGUCCAAUUUCCUAAAAUGGCAGCUCACCUUUCGGGGAGAGGCAUUAGAAAAAAAAAUCACAGCAAAAAUAUCUGGUUUGAAGCUCAAGCAAGGGAUAAAGGAGACAGUAGUGCUCUUUCAAUUUAACUCAGAGAAGCAAGAACUGGAAGGGGCCCUGGGUGAGAUGGUGGCCAACGCCGUGGGAGAAGGCAUUGCACCAGGAGCAAGAGGUGCUCCGAGGGCUCAGGGACAAGGAGGUACCAGUGUUCACAGACGGCAGGAAAACAAUCGGGAACAAUAAAUUAGGACUUCAUGUUGCUAUCAUUUGGCAUAACACAAUCAGGCUUUUUUUUUCUUUUUAAAUAUAAGGCAACUUGCCAACACAUAAUUUAAAAACUGGUCUUCAGUCACACUGCUUCAGAUCACUAGAGAAUUUCUGGCUAAAGAACAGUGGAUAGCAUAUAAUAAACAAAACCCAAAAUCUUAAAUAAGAACAUCAGCUCACAUUCCCCAGAGACAAGAGGAAAAGGGAGGGCUUAUUUGGUUAAAAA